GACACAUGACCAUAUUGUUCCAAUAUAGCAAAUGUCAGCUUUAUGUAGCCUACCCAUAGGAUGGACAUCCUAGACUAGAAAGUUUAGGACAGUUUUAGCUAGUAGCCUAGCCUGUAAUUUGGCCACGGUUUUUUCUAACCUUCUCUUCUGGACUUGAUCAUAUUGCAGGAAGUCACUUCCUGCACAUCAGCUGUUUGACUGUAUAUUAUGGUCGUGCUGCAGUGAUACGAUCUGAUCGCCUUUUCCUCCCAAGCCGGGCAUCAUGACAAGCCGGCGGUGGAAUGAAAACUUAGCAUUUUUUACUGUACUCUACGUUUUGUCAGUAACAGUGAAGUGCUCCAGUGAUAAUGUGCUCCUCAACCGAUAUGAAGGGAACAGUCUGCAUCCACCCGAGCAGCAAAGCACCAUGGGAAAACUGGAACGCUAUGAGACAACAGUACCUUUCCUGCUGCUGAGAGGAGAGCAGAGACCUGCCAGCCUCCUGCAAUCCAUGAGCCACCCUGCAUCUGUGAAGUUACUGAUUGAAGCUGAAGGUGAACAGCUGGUCCUAGCUCUGGAAAAAAAUGAGGGCCUGUUUGCCAGUCAUUACACAGAGACUCACUACUUGGAGAAUGGAAGUGUGGUCACGGGCUCUCCCAACUCUACGGUAAAUUGCUACUACCACGGAGUGGUUGAAGGACAUGUCCACUCAGACGUCAGCCUCAGCUUGUGUUCGGGUCUCAGGGGAUUCAUCGCACUUGAAGAUAAGGCCUUUGUUCUGGAGCCGGCCUUUUCCCCAGACAACGGCACUCACUUGAUUUAUAGAGGAGAAAACCUCAGCUUGUCCCCCGGCACCUGCGGUCACGGUUAUAACAUAUCACAUGUGGUCACGGACUACGUGGGCGGCCCCUUCAGGCAGUUCGGCACCAGGCACAAGAGACACACCCAGAGGACCACCAAAUAUGUGGAGCUGAUCAUUGUGGCUGACAACAGAGAGUUUCAGAAACAAGGAAAGGAUGUGGAGAAGGUGAAACAGAGGCUGGCUGAGAUCGCCAACUAUGUGGACAAGUUCUACCGAGCCCUGAACAUCCGGGUGGCCCUGGUGGGCCUGGAGGUGUGGAGCGAUACAGACAAGUGCGCAGUCACCCAGGACCCCUUCACCACUCUGCACGAGUUCCUGGACUGGAGGAAGCUCCACCUCCUGCCGCAGAGGCCCCAUGAUAACGCCCAGCUCAUCAGCGGAGUGUACUUCCAGGGCACCACCAUCGGCAUGGCGCCCAUCAUGAGCAUGUGCACGGCGGAACAGUCCGGGGGGAUCGUCAUGGAUCACUCGGACAACCCUCUGGGGGCGGCCGUGACCCUGGCACACGAGCUGGGCCACAACUUCGGGAUGAACCACGACACGCCGGAGAGGGGGUGCGGUUGCCGGGUGACCGUCGACCGUGGCGGCUGUAUUAUGACGCCAUCCACAGGGUACCCCUUCCCUACCGUGUUCAGCAGCUGCAGUAAGAAGGACCUGGCAGCCAGUCUGGAGAAGGGCGUGGGCAUGUGCCUGUUCAACAUGCCCGAGGUGAAGGUGCUGUACGGGGGGCAGAAGUGUGGCAACGGCUACGUGGAGGAGGGCGAGGAGUGCGACUGCGGUGAGCUGGAGGAGUGCAUGAACCCCUGCUGCAACGCCUCCACCUGCACGCUGAAGGGGGCUGCCGUGUGUGCGCACGGGCAGUGCUGUGAAGACUGCCAGCUGAAGCUGGCGGGCACGCCCUGCAGGGAGUCGAGCAACUCCUGCGACCUUCCCGAGUUCUGCACCGGCGCCAACCCCCACUGCCCCGCCAACGUCUACCUGCACGACGGCCACGCCUGCCACAACGUGGACGGCUACUGCUACAACGGCAUCUGCCAGACACACGAGCAGCAGUGCAUCACGCUGUGGGGCCAGGGAGCGAAGCCAGCCCCAGGUAUCUGCUUUGAGAGGGUCAAUUCUGCAGGUGACCCUUAUGGGAACUGUGGGAAGGAUUCCAAGGGUUCGUUUGUCAAAUGUGACGCAAGAGAUGCUAAGUGUGGCAAAAUUCAGUGUCAAGGAGGGGCCAACCGGCCGGUAAUUGGUACGAAUGCUGUCUCCAUAGAAACAAACAUCCCCCUGCAGGAAGGGGGGAGGAUUCUGUGUCGUGGGACGCACGUUUACCUGGGUGAUGAUAUGCCCGACCCGGGCCUGGUACUGACCGGGACAAAGUGUGGAGAGAGCAUGAUGUGCCUGAAUCGGCGCUGCCAGAAUGUCAGCAUGUUUGGGGUACAUGAGUGCUCCAGGCGGUGUAAUGGCCGAGGGGUGUGCAAUAACAACAAGAACUGCCACUGUGAGGCUCACUGGGGGCCCCCUUUCUGUGACCAGGCUGGCUUUGGGGGCAGCAUGGACAGUGGGCCCAUGAGACAGGCGGAUGGCCGUAGCGUGACUGUGGGCAUCCUGGUGGUGCUGCUGGGGGUCUUCUCCGCCGGCCUCAUCAUCUUCUUCAAGAGGAAGGCUCUCGUUCGCCUGCUCUUCACCAACAAGAAGACGGCCAUCGAGAAACUAAGGUCCGUGAGCGCGAACGGGCCAUCCAGCCCGACCCAAACGCAGGCUGAGAACAGGACGUCCCCUCACCGGCAGCCCCUGAACCAGCCCCAGAGCACCAGCAUAUGCAAGCCGGCACACAUGGGCGCCUCGCCCCCCCUCCCCCCUCCACACAGCUUCCACCCCCAAGCCCUCCGCAGACUCCCGCAGUGCCAGCCCGUCCACAUCAGCCACCCCAUCCCCCGGCCCCCCGUGCCGCCCCCGCACCGGGCCACGCCCGCCCACGGACCCUCCCCUCCACGAGGGGCCCCGCUGCGUAACCUGGCCCGUCACAGCUCCUUCAGGAUGGACAUGCAACUGGAAAAGCCCAGCCCCCCUCAGAAGCCCCUGCCUGCGGACCCCCUGGCCAGGACGUCUCGUUUGGGGCGCAGCUCCUCCGCCGUGGGUUCCCCCAAACCUGCCCCCGUCCCUCUGCCAGGGAUCCCCAGACCGGUGCCUCCCAUUCCACAUGCCAGACCUUCAUCCAAGCAGCCUCCGACUCUACCAAAGCCAAGAAUACUUCCUGACGGGAGGUACAGGAGCUGAGGAGUGGAUGGGAAGAAGGAGAACAGAAGAAGACACAAUACAUUUUGCACUACAGAACUCUCAAAACCUUUCGGAUAGGGUUUCUCUGAGUUGUAAAAAGGGUUUGAGCUGAUGCCGUGGUGCUCUCUCUCUCUCUCGUAUCGGUGCUAUGAGUCCCUGCUCAGGUACUUGUAAAUUAUUUAUGUCCUGUAUUUAUUACAAUGCGGUGCACUGUGUUAGACACUUUUGACGGUAGCGUUUGUGAUUUUUUUUUCUUGUUGUCGUCGUCGUUGUUUCUGCUUAUAGAUUUUUUUAUACGCAGAGUUAGAAAAUUCCCUUCGUUGCACCAUAGCUGAGGUUGGAUUGACUCACCUCAGUGUUUUUAUAGACUGCUUUUUUUGUGGAGAGAGAGAAGAACAAGAUUAUUUUUGUAGAAUCUGUGAAAUUGUUUGCGUAAUCGAUCAGUACACAGGUACACAGAAAAACUGGACUGUAGACACAUUUAAGGGAAACAUGACACCCAUACAAUAGCAUAUGGGAGAAAUCAGCAGAUGCAGUGGUGGCUUACAGUAAAGCGGGCUGCAGAGGGUUUUGAUCAGGAGACUUUCAUAAACACCAGUGGUACAUCUGCUCCUUGAUUCCACCCCGCUCAUAAUGCACACACUUAAGCAGUGCAAAGCCAUCUCAGUGUCUGCAUCAGCAAACAUUGGGCAUGCCAGUUCUGCUGUGGGAUAGAGAGGCAAUCACCGUAUUAUUCAGAGGAAGCCUAACAAAACAGGACAGAAAUUAGAAUGUAAAUGGGUGAAACUAUUCUAGCUUGCCACGGACAAAAUGUAAAGCACCGUUUGUGCUUUUCGCUGUAAUUCUUAUGCUUGAAAGAAUUUAAUAAUGUUUGAACUUGGUGCUAGUGCUGUGUGCUCACGCUUUCACUGCGUUAGGUACAUCACUGUAAGCCCUAGCCUUUUGGGCCAAGGGAUACAGACACAGAUUCCAUAGAUAGCAGAUAAUCAAAUCCUGCAUUCCUUCUAUUCUCUGUACACUAGGAGGCAGUUUGAGAUUUCUACUUUUGGUUCGAGUUCAAGGAUUCCAAUAUAGUAUAUGAAUUUAUAGACUUGGCAAAGAACUGAGCAUUGAAAGGCCAGUUUUUAGCAAUAGACGCUCUGUCCUUCAUGACAUCCUUCCAUGUCCAUAAAUUAUAAUUUUUCAGCUUCAGCAUCAACAGAGACAGAAUUUGAAAUGCAAAUGUAAGUUUACAUGCUAACACUACAGAGCUGACCAUCUGGAAAGAAUCUAGGCCAUAGGCCUGAAGGCUCGGUUUUCCUGGGUAGAUUCCAAAGCCAAAUGUGUGACGUAAUUGCUGCUGUAAAGGGUUAAGGCAGUUGUGGGAGCUCUUCAGACUGGGAGAUAUAAAAAUGCUUGUCCACCAUUGGUCAGUGUGUGGAGAUGCAGUGUUGGAAUAAGCCUAUCGCAGUCAGGCAUGAAGCCUACGGACCUGCCCUCGAACUGGCAGCUGCUACAUUUGUUUAGGGCCUUAAACUAACAAUUUUGUUUUAUUUAAGGUCUUGACUUUGAUGUAUUUAGAUGGUUCUCGUAAGGAAGCCAGGUGGGGCUGAUGGGAUAAACCAUCACCAUCAGUCACCCAGGCCAGCUUAGCAACCUGCGGAAAAAAACCCUGGAAUAGGCGAGUUCACAUCGACACGACAUCAGCUCCAGCACACUCGAUCGUAAACCUGACACCCACACAAAACAAUGUAAUCACAGAGCCACAGAGCUGCCUGCUUUAAUAGCCAAAACCUGAUUAGCAUUGCACCCCGGAAUCACCCCGGACCACAGUAAAUGUCAGUGGACUGUACGGAGCGGUCUCCUUCCUCCUACACAAAUGAAGGGUUAGCCGUAUUCGCUCUGAAAAAUGGUUGACCAUCUCGACCAUGAAUUUACAGCCCCACCCAGUCUUUCCCCCCCUCUGGAGAUCCUUCUUCCAGAUGGCCCUGGGGAAAGUGGACGGCGACCUCUCCUUUGCAGCUGAAUAUUACAUUCGUCCUGGCAGAAAGCGAAACAACCUCCGGGGGCAAAGAGUCGCAGCCAACCCCUCAUUUCCUGUCGAUUUCUCCCUGCGUACCUCUGAUCACGGACCCUUCGUUGAAAAGCCCCGCGGUCCGAGCCAAACUGCAUCAUUGAAACCACCUGUCGCCGCUUCUGUGACACUUUAGGAAGGCGCUAAAGAUGAAAAAUGCUUCUGACACCCGCUCCCGCACUAAGAAAGCAUUUCAUUACAGCUCACCUGCAGCAAUUACUGAAGCAAAGAAGCCAGGACAACAUGUGUUUCUUGAAAAUAGCCAAACACAUUUGUAAUACACAGUAUAUCGAAAACAGAACUCUCCACUCUUAGCAAAACCACAGUCACAAGGUAGCAAUUGUGAUACCAUGUCACUCGUAUGCGAUUCGAUCUAUAGUUGCCUGUUUUUUUUCUCUUCAGUCUUAAGCACACUGCCUCUGAGCCAAUUAUUAUCCAAAACUGAGCAUCUGGGCCAAUCAGAGGGGCACAUAUGGAGGUGUCUGGUGAAUGUUUCAUACAUUGUGUCUUCAAAACAAUUUUUUUCCAAGUUCUUACGUCUUUGGAAAUGUGCAUAUCCGUCUAAAUUCACACCUCACAGUCAUGUGAUGUGAUUGUUUUAAAACAUUUAAUUAUUUUAAUGUUUUACAGUGUAAAUAUCUUUGACAGUACACUUUGUUUCAGUAUACAAUAUACCAAUCUGUUUUUAAAUAGCCAUGCCUUAUGUGUAGUCCAUCGGGUUGGACACUGCACUUUAAGGCAUUUUGUUAUUUCACACUAAAACAUUUGUACGUUUGUGACUUUUUAUUUUUCUACUUUAUGGAUAUUUUGCUGAGGAAACACGAACAUUGUUCUUCACUACAUCUUGUAAGUGUCUGCAUCAAUUUACACAUUGAAAUCAAGUUGUACUAGAAUGUUUAAUUUCCCAUUUAAAGACAUGUUACAGCCUGUGUAUACAAAAUAUCCUCAGUAUUCCUCACUGUCGUUGUAAAUAUGUGUGAUUACUCUAUUUUCCUUUUCUUCCUCAUCUAUGGUGUUACAGGUGAACAUGGCAAUGGGGAACUAUUGCAUUGUACAACAACUAUCAAUACAGGAAUAUGUAAGAAAACUACUAUAGGUUUCCACAUAUUUCACAAGUCAGAUUAGUUGGUAACCUAUGGCAGUACAAGGACUGGAACACAGUAAUGGAAAAAAAACGGAACAAAUUUAAUAAAGUUUUUCUUUAAAAAAA